GUUUUCGUAGCUAACAAAAUUCGACGCUGUCGUUUUGGAAUUAUCGCGGGCAGGCACCAUUUUGUGUUAUAUUAAAUGCAUUUUGUUGAUGGUAUUUAAAAAAUGAGUGAUUAUUCCGCGGUAGCUCCGCCACCACAGAAUUUUAAUCAGUCAUCAGCAUUUGCUGCUGCCUUACAACGUGCUAAACAGAUUGCCGCUAAAAUCAAUCCAGCAACAGGAACUACCGGCGAUAGUAGACCGAAGAGGCCUUUAGAAGAAGGACAAGAACCGGAUGCUAAGAAAGGUCCAGGUAACAUAGGUCCACCACAACAACAACAAGGACCUCCAAUUGGAGGGCCACCGAUGGGAGGUAGACCCAACUCGAAUUUGAAUCAAGGAAACAUGGGGGGUGGUCCUGGUAUGGGUGGACCUACUCAUAAUGAGGAUAUCAAAGUACCCGAUAAAAUGGUUGGCUUAAUAAUAGGCAGGGGCGGCGAACAGAUCAGUCGCCUACAAGCGGAAACGGGUUGCAAAAUUCAGAUGGCCCCAGAUUCUCAGGGCAUGCCUGAUCGUAUUUGCUCGUUGUCAGGUCCCGAAGAUGCAGUCAAUAGAGCGAAGGAGCUCAUCAACAAUAUAAUUCAUCAGCGUGGUAGAAACGAAGGUCUAGACCAAGGGGGAGGAGGAGGUCCCCCCAUGGGUGGGAACAAUAGUUUUUCAGGGAUGAACAACAUGGGAGGUGGCGGCGGUCACGGUCCCCCCGGUGGCGGCAUGGGAGGUCCCGGCAUGGGCAUGGGCGGUCCGGGCGGUCGCAACUUCAUCGAGAUCAUGAUUCCCGGCCCCAAGGUCGGCCUGAUCAUCGGCAAGGGUGGCGAGACCAUAAAGCAACUGCAGGAGAAGAGCGGUGCCAAGAUGGUCGUCAUACAGGACGGCCCGAACCAGGAGCAGGAGAAGCCCCUCAGGAUCAGCGGCGAUCCCGGCAAGGUCGAGUACGCCAAGCAGCUGAUCUACGAUCUGAUCGCCGAGAAGGAGAUGCAGAGCUUCAGGGGCGGCGGUCGCAGGAACAAUGACGACGGUAAUUACAAUGAUGGCGGCUAUGGCGGACCUAGAGGGGGCGGCGGCCAGGGUUUCGAGGUUUUAGUGCCGAGGGCGGCUGUGGGAGUUGUAAUUGGUAAAGGUGGUGACAUGAUAAAGAAAAUUCAAGCGGAAACGGGCGCUAGAGUACAAUUCCAGCAAGCUAGGGAAGAAGGACCUGGCGAGAGGAGUUGCUUUUUGCAAGGAAAUCCCAAACAAGUUGAACAGGCAAGACAGAGGAUAGAAGAAUUGAUAGAAAGCGUACAGAGACGAGACACAGAAGGUCCCGGCGGACCCGGAGCGGGUAGAAGAGGGGGCGGCCGAGGCGGGCGCGACGGCUUCGACAAUAGGGGCGGUAGAAACGGCGGCGGAGAAUACGGGGGCGGUUGGGAAGACAGACGAAACAACCAAUCGCAGGGAACGGAGGUCAGCUUCAACGUUCCAGCCAACAAAUGCGGCGUCAUCAUCGGAAGAGGCGGAGAAACCAUCAAGCAACUGAACGCCCAAUCGGGCGCGCAUUGCGAGCUGGACAGGAGGAAUCAGAAUCCGAACGCCAGCGAGAAGACUUUCAUCAUUCGUGGAGAUCCAGAAGCCAUCGAGAUGGCCAAGAGGAUAAUCCAAGAGAAAAUCCAGAUGCCCAUCACAUUCAUAAAUUCUGGAGGUCCACCUUCGAUGUCGAAUAGCAUGCCGACGGCGUAUCCAGGUAUGGCGCCGCAAGGUUACAAUCCACAGGGUUGGGGAAUGCCCACCUACCAACAACAACAGACGCCGCAACAGCCGCCCACGCAACAGUGGGGCAACCCCGCCGCGCAGACUCCCGAUCAGGGCGUGGCGAACCCGCAGAUGAACCCUGGCGCAGGUCAGGCCGAUUAUUCCAUGCAGUGGGCCGAGUACUACAGAUCGCUCGGUAUGCACAGGGAGGCCGAGAUGAUCGAACAGCAAGCGAAAAAUAAGGCAGCGACGGGACAACCGACAGGCGUCGGCCAGGCUUCAGCUGUUCCAGCGGUGGCUCCAGCGGUGCCCGCCGCGGCGCCAGUGGCUGCAGCGUCCGCCGCUAAUGGUCAACCGGAUUAUAGCGCUCAAUGGGCGGAAUAUUAUCGUAGUAUAGGGAAACUUAAGGAGGCUGAGGCCAUAGAAGCUCAAAUGAAGAAUAAGACUUCUGCUGGACCUAUUGGACAGAACCCAACUGCUCCGGGGCCGGGACAGGCUCCAGCAGGUAGUUACACACAGCAACCUUAUGGUGCUUAUCAACCAACCGGUGGUUACUAUGGCGCCCAACCCACUCAAGGCGUUCCGGCUACAAUGCCCCAGUCAGGAUACGGCUUCCCCUCUUACGGCUAUGGAACACCAAACGCCGGUGCCCCCCCAGGAAAUCAGGAAAAUUAAAUUUAACCUUGAGUACUAAAAACUUUGUGACGGAGAGGAAAUGGAGGAUAAAAUAGAAACGAUUCCAAGAAUGAAUCGAUCUCCGAUGUAUACCAAAUCUAAAAUCCGGUCGUUACUGGUAUGUCUUAUUGAAAAAGGCCUGCAACAACAGUAAGUAAAAUAUUAUGGAAAACACUGAUUAUUCUAAUAUAUAACUUGAAAUUGAUGGGGAUUCACCGUAUCGAGCAUCAAAAUAUUCCUAAAGAAAUGUUUGAUGUAGCUUCUGAUUUGUCUCGAUGUAUACCUAUGGAUGAGAAGCCAUUGUUCAUUUCCCUUGAUUCUGAAAUUCCUUUAUGACCAGUAUGAUUCCUUUCGAGGUUUGUCGAUUAGGUCAUCAUAAUUUAUGAUGCGUCUUGUUAUCCCAUUCUUGAUAUUCUGUAGUUUUUGUCCCUGUGCUGUCUAUUUGGUAACACUUGUACGUACAUAUUUCUCAUAGCCACAUUAGUGUGUCCCCAUUUCCACUCAGGUCACCAAGAAAAGCUUGGGGACUGCAUAUGAUAAUGUAGGAGUUCGUUGCCGAUGCCGAGGAGGCCAUGUUUUCGAGGAGAUUACUUCGAAUUCGGAAUUCAAUUUUCAGAAAUUACUUUUGAACCCUUCCCUGCGCAGAACGACUAAACAAAGCCCGUGUCUUCGCCUGAAAACAUCAAUGGUAGAUCAGUAAGCAACAUUUUCGUUUCUGGAAUAUUUUGCUGCACUAUUAUUACUUUUAAAAUUCAUUUGAAAUCUUAUUGAACCUAUUUUCAACAUACACCUGCAAAAAUAACAUAGCCUGAUGCAAAUCGGGUUUGGAUUUGAAUUUGAUUGAUUCAUAUUUCGCGCAGAUUUUAUUUUCGUAUUUAGCCAUGUACAAUAACCCCUAUAGUUGAUGCAUUUAGUGAUGAUAUGUUCUAUUUUGAAGAUAUGAAUAGAAUUAGUUUUUAGCCUCAUACAUAGUUGCAUAAAAGCUUCGGAAACAAAAUUUACUAAUAUUUGGAAUUAAGGAGUCAUUUUCAUUCAUAGGUGAGAGUGCAUUUGGGGAAAAAUUCGUUCUUUCUAAUUUUAUGAAUAAGUGAAAAUGGAAUUUUUUUCGCAUUAUCAGAAUUUCGAGGAUCAUAUUUUUUUUUCAUGGCGCAUAAAAGUUAUCAGAUGGAAUAACUUUUUUUUCUCUUAUUGGGCUCAUAUUGAUUGGCGUAGGAUCGUGAAGUAUAGAAUUCUCAUUCAUCAAACUCAAGUUUCCAAGUAGUUUUAGUUUUUGCCCUUGAAUCGUAAAAAAUUAGAAAUCGUCAGGAUAAACGAGAGAAAAGUCAUUCCACCUAAUAAUUUUCAUGCUCCUUUAUUGUUGGAUAGUUCAUCUGUGUCCAUCACAUUUUCUUGAAAUGAAUUCUAUUAUUGUCAUGAUAUCGCAAAUCUCAUUCACAUCUCGUUUCGAUAAAAACUCUUCUAUUGACUGAUCGAUUCGUUGAUUAUUUUUUCAGAAUUCUUAUUAAGCAGGAAUAAAUUAUGAACUGAGAUUUUCUGCAUUAUAUUUAUGAUUUGAAUUGUUCGAUUUUUGCAUUAUUGAUCUAAUCGUUUAAAAAUUUGUCUCGAGAAUCAUUUUCAACAUAUUGCAAAUUUUUAUUAUUUAUUUGAUUUUUUUUAUCCACUUCAUAAUAAAGAAUAAUAAGUAA